AUGUCUUCAAAUCGCCCCCUCCCGAUAGCUGAGGUGUGGGAGUGUCCCGAUGCCUACAUUGAGGCGCUCCUCUCGUUCUCCACCACGUCUGUGCUCUUCAUGAAUUUAUGCGGGGGUGUGCAUAUGGUCGAUUUUUUGACGCGCGAGCCCGAUGUCUAUAAAUCAAUCUUGCCUGAAGAUUGGAGAGACUUUUUCGACCAGCAUGAUGUUCAAGAUAUUAUCCAUCUCCUCUUACGAGAGGACAUUCAGCUUCUACAAGCGUCUAGAGAGCUGGGCACAGAUAAAAGCAGCAGUACCUGGAAUGGAGGAGCAUUUCCCCCACAAACUCUCCUAGACUACAUUUCCAAAGUCCGCCAAUUGGCACUCGCACGAGACUUCUCCGCCUCUUCUGCGGAUGGGAUUGAAUUACCGAAGCAAGUUGCUAUGCGUAUGAACCGCAAGAAAGUGCACGAGGUCAAAUGCCUUUCUCAAUACGUGGCAUCGCUAUCGGACACCGUUCAAGAGCACCGGGGUGAGCCAGUCUCUCAUAUUGUGGAUUUUGGGUCUGGUCAGAACUACCUUGGGCGGACGCUGGCUAGCUCGCCUUACCACAAACAUAUCAUUGCAAUUGAACGGAAGCAUGAAUAUAUCAGCGGUGCCAGAGACAUGGAUGUUCGAGCCAAGUUGGCAAAAAAUCCCAAGGCUUUUUAUAAUAAAACUGAAAAGGAAUCUUGUGUUGACUGCAACAGAACUCCAGAGACGGCCGUCUCUGUAUUGACAGAAAAGUCCCAGGCAGCAGGCUCAGAGGUCCAUGAAGAUGGCAGUGACUUCAAGAUGCUAGGGCAGAUCAGUCUUGAGCCCGACGAGUUACUCGGAUCUCUUACUAAAAACCCGCAACGAGAAAAGCUAGUCAAACCGGACAUUCCGGAUGCUCGCGGUACUCUCAGUUAUGUUGAGCAUGACAUUCAAGAUGGCUACUUAGAGCCCAUUGUCGACCAUAUCGUUAAUCCCACACCCUUGGCAAAUACAGAUGAGAAGGCAGAAGAAACAGUUGACCCUAAACUAAUGGUUGUUUCGCUUCACUCUUGCGGGAAUCUUGUUCACCAUGGCAUAAGAUCCUUGAUUUUGAACCCCUCGAUUGUGGCGGUCGCUAUGAUCGGUUGUUGUUACAACUUGUUGACCGAACGCCUCGGUCCAGCCAAAACCGAGCUUCCUAUCCUCCAAUCUCUGCACCCUCGACUGAAAGAGACUGGGACAUCAUACGAUCCACAUGGUUUCCCAAUGUCCAAAUAUUACGAAAAUUAUCGAAGUCCCGGGGCAACAACAGGCAUGAAGCUUAACAUCACAGCUCGUGCACUGGCCGUUCAGGCUCCGUACAACUGGGGUCCCAAGGACAGUGAAGUUUCCUUCACACGUCAUUCAUUCCGUGCUCUUUUGCAGCGUAUUCUUGUCGAUCGAAUUCCGGCCAAGUCGUCUGGCACAUCAUCAGAGCAACCUGACCCAGAAUCUGGGAUUGGUUCUAUUAUCAUUGGAGCAAUCCCAAAAUCCGCUUAUAAAUCAUUUAAUGCCUAUCUUCGUGCUGCUACGGUCAAGAUGAGCCGAGAUGCGGUAUAUGGCUCUCGUGUGCAGGAGCAUAUUGCUACUCUGACUGAUGAAGAUAUCCAGUCCUAUGAGACUCAAUACUCCAGCGCAAGGAAACAUAUUAGUGUUGUGUGGAGCUUGAUGGCUUUCAGUGCCCAGCUUGUGGAAUCCAUCAUCGUCGUAGAUCGAUGGCAAUUUCUCCGCGAACAAGAUUCAGUCAAAGAAUGCUGGGUUGAGCCGGUGUUCGACUACGGCGAGAGUCCGCGUAACCUGGCAGUCAUUGGACUGAAAAAGUGA